AUGCCGGGUGUUGUAAACAAACAACUGUCACCGAACGAACGGCCCGCGCAAUUGCAUUUCAAUGCGUACACACAAUUUCAGUUCAAAACCAUGGCCAAGAACAGCAAGAGCGGACCCCAGAGGAUCUGCGUACUGUGCCCAAACCGAUCCACAAUAACGGACACACAAACGGACGAUGCGUUCGAGCGCAUUACGUAUCAUAGAUUUCCUACCAAUACGCAACGACUCGGUCGGUGGCUAGAGCUCUGUGGUCUUUCCAAAGAAAGCAUGCCCACGCUAGCGAACAAAUUCGUCUGCAGCAAUCACUUCGCACCGGAAUGCUUCGAGCGUGAUCUACGUGCGGAACUUCUGUACGGCACGAGACGUAUGGCACUAAAGAAGGAAGCAGAGCCAACGAUUCGUACACCAAAACAGCAGUUAAAGCGACAGCUAAACACUCAGUCCAGCGAAGAGGAAGAUCGUCAGAAGCGCAAAGAGCAGGUGGAUCAACUUCUAAAUGGUCAAAUACCGGUGACGGAAAAGAUUGCGAAUCCAUUUCGAAAGCGUGUCGUCGACGAAUCGUCAUAUAUUACAGAUGAACCUGCAGAACGAAAUCUGUCCAAGAACACUCUGUCACACAUGAGCCAAUCGGAAAUGAUGCAACUGAUCGAAGAUUUGCAACAAGAAACCACGAGCCAACAAAUACACAUAGCAAAGUUGCAACGUACGAUCGAUAGUAAGACUGAAAAGAUCAAUUUUGCCAAAGCGGAAAUGGUAAACACAGCGAUUUCGUUGCAAGAGCUAAAAGAUCACGAAAAUCGUCAUGUAAAUGAACGAAUUACAGAGAUAUUGUCCGGCCGGUUCGGUGAAGGACAGCUGGCCACGAUAUUGGCCGGUCCGCCAGAGCAAACCGAGCCGGCUUUGCUUCAUGUGCUGUGGACUGAAAAUGAGUUAGCUCAAGCGCUCAGGCUGAUUUGCGUCAGUAAGGAGGCGUACGAACUGAUACGCAAAGAGUUACGCUAUCCUCUUCCAGAUGCUUCACAAAUCGAGCGUUGGAUUCACAGCGUUUAUCUGGAAACGGGACACAAUACAACAGCCAUGCGCAUCUUACAGCUACACGCAUUUGCCUUGCAAGACAUCGAACGUAUCUGCUCACUUCACCUGACUCGUAUCAACGUCCCCGUUCGACACCAUUACGAUUGCAAGCGUGAUCAAAUUAUUGGACCAAAUGCUCAACUACACUGCCUUACCGUGCAGGGAAUAUUUGCUUCGUGGCAACAGAUAGUCCACAUUGAAUUCGAUCUCGACGUUAGCAAAGUGUUGGUGGAAAAAAUAAUCACCGAUCUGCAUGAAAUCAGUUACAACGUGGUGGCCAUAACGACCGACUGUGAUCGUGCAACGGCAGACAUAUGGCGCACAUGGAACGUUAGCAAUGAACAGCACUGCAUACAACACCCGAUAACGGGUCAUUCGAUUUAUGUGUACGCUUGUCCAGAUCGAACGCUGGUCGCCAUUCAUCGGGCACUGAUUGAUGAAGGAUUCUUAAUGCAGGAAAACAAUCUACUGAUUACCCGAACUAGCUUGAUGCCAUUUCUCAAUAUGAGACAGUUUUGUGAGCCUGGUGAGACCAGUAGCACCCUCUACGAUAGAUAUAUUAGCAAAAUGGUUCUGUCAGAUGUAUCGUACGAGUCAACUCUGUCGCGUAAGUUUAUCUCUUCCGCAACGACGAACGCUUUGAGAAUGCUUGCAAACGACAAAGAGGAUGACGAAGGUGUGCUCUCUACUUUGAUUACACUGAUCGAUCUAUUCGUCGACUGGUACGAACUAUGUACGGCCACUAGUUGUUCGGUAGAAUAUCCAGCAGUUAAGCAACAACUUAUCACCAACCUGCCCUACGGGGUGUAUGAAGAUGAGCAGAACAUUGUGCUGGAUGGAAUGUACGAUGUGAUGGAAACAAUACGCUGUUUAAAUACGGACCAUGAUUUCCUCCCCCAAGCCGUGCUCAUGUCCAUCAACUCGAUGCGCAAGUUGUUGGCCGAUUUAAGGACCAACUAUCCUGGGCAAAUUAAUGGCAUACCCAUGCUACGCCUUAGUACAAUACCGUUUAGCGAAACGAUUCGGAACUUGCGACAGGCCCUGCAUCAAGAUUCACAGACAUCAAAAGUACGGUCAGUAAAUGAUGUUCUUUUCCACCUCUGUGCGACGGUUGUCUCAAUGGGAUCAAAUUCCUAUGCCACAAAUAUACUGCUACAAAGGGGAGGUUUUUUGGAUGGAUUGUCCCUUUCAAAUCUACGUCGACAAGAUGAUCCCAUCGAUUCAGAUAUACGCGACGUAGCCGAGUCAGACGCUUGUAAUUUUCUUGCACGUUUUAUUGUGGCUCGAUUGGGUCAUAAGUACGAAAAUCUCGGCAAUCGGCCAGUCACCAUUGAGCACAAUAAUGAUCAGUACGUCAUCAAAUCUUCCGAUAGGGAGAACCUAUCUUGCAUCACACCUUCGAUGGUGUGGGCGGAACAAGCAAAGACGUUUGAAUCGUACCUGCGUCAUACGAUACAGGAUAAAACCCCAGACUUGGCUAAAUCUUUGAUCGAUUUCAUUGCUUUUCGCUAUCCCCAGCUGGGACGAGAUUUGGUGGAGCUGUACGUACGGAAACGUAUAGCGAUUAAGCUAAAAAACCUUAACGCUACGCUGGAUGCAUGCGCAGCAAAAAAGCAACUGAGCAGCUAA